AAAUUAAAUUUUGUGCAAAAACAUAUGGAAUGAGGAAGACUUUUUUUUCUUCUAAAAAAGUACAAAAAGGAAUCGUCUCCCGCUUCCACAUAGUGGGAAACAGUGGAAUCUGAUUCGCAGCCGCCGUUGAAUUCGCAUCACAUUUCCUCACGAUCUUAUUUUACGGUCAGUCUCGACGGUAAUCGACUCUCUCUCUCUGCAAUCUUCUUUCAUCGAUAUGUAUGCAUACGGUUUUUGGGGAGAUAUAUUGAGAGUUUACUGGUGCUGAAAUUUGUUCGAGAGAGGAUAAUUCAAGAAUAUUUAGUGCUGAGAAUUGAUUGAUCAGAAUGGUGUGGUUUAGAGCAGGGUCAAGCGUUGCUAAAUUAGCUGUUAGGAGAGCUAUAUCACAACGUUGUUUACCUAUUACUGGGACUCGUAUCUUUCCACAGCAUAGUAGAUAUUUUCAUUCAACUUCUCUCAGGCCCAAGGCUAAGACUGCUCCUAUCCCAAGGGCUGUACCUCUCUCCAAGUUGACUGAUAACUUCUUAGAUGGGACAAGCAGUGUGUAUCUUGAGGAGCUUCAGCGAGCAUGGGAGCAAGAUCCAAACAGCGUGGAUGAGUCAUGGGAUAACUUUUUCAGGAAUUUUGUUGGCCAGGCCACCACAUCUCCAGGGAUUUCUGGCCAAACAAUUCAAGAGAGCAUGAACCUCUUAUUGCUUGUGAGGGCUUAUCAGGUCAAUGGUCACAUGAAAGCUAAACUAGACCCUUUGAGUUUAGAAGAGAGACAAAUCCCAGACGAUCUAGAUCCUGCUUCUUAUGGGUUCACUGAAGCUGAUCUUGACCGUGAAUUUUUUCUUGGUGUUUGGAGCAUGUCUGGCUUCUUGUCUGAAAACCGCCCUGUUCAGACUUUGAGAGCCAUAUUGACACGACUUGAGCAGGCUUAUUGUGGAAGUAUUGGUUAUGAGUACAUGCACAUUUCUGACCGUGAGAAAUGCAAUUGGUUGAGGGACAAAAUUGAGACUCCAACAACAACGGAAUACGGUCGUGAGCGGCGGGUGGUUAUGCUUGAUAGGCUGAUGUGGAGUACUCUGUUUGAGAACUUCUUGGCUACCAAGUGGACAGCUGCAAAGAGGUUUGGCCUGGAAGGCUGUGAAACUUUGAUUCCUGGAAUGAAGGAGAUGUUUGAUAGGGCUGCAGAUCUAGGUGUAGAAAGCAUAGUCAUUGGGAUGUCACAUAGAGGAAGGUUAAAUGUUCUAGGUAAUGUUGUCAGGAAGCCACUCCGACAGAUCUUUAACGAGUUUAGUGGUGGUACAAAACCUGUUGGUGAAGCUGGUUAUGUAGGAACUGGUGAUGUCAAGUAUCACUUGGGCACUUCAUAUGAUCGUCCAACAAGAGGUGGGAAAAGAAUCCACCUGUCAUUGGUUGCAAACCCAAGCCACUUAGAAGCUGUGGACCCAGUUGUAGUUGGAAAAACUAGAGCAAAACAAUAUUAUACUAAUGAUGUUGAUAGGACAAAGAACUUGGGUAUUCUAGUUCAUGGUGAUGGAAGCUUUGCAGGUCAAGGGGUUGUCUACGAGACGUUGCAUCUCAGUGCUCUUCCAAACUAUACGACCGGUGGAACCAUACACAUUGUUGUCAAUAACCAAGUGGCCUUUACUACUGAUCCAAGGUCCGGAAGAUCUUCUCAAUACUGUACUGAUGUUGCCAAAGCCUUGAGUGCCCCAAUCUUUCAUGUAAAUGGUGAUGAUGUUGAGGCUGUAGCUCAUGUUUGUGAACUUGCUGCAGAGUGGCGUCAAACAUUUCACUCGGAUGUUGUCGUUGAUAUCGUUUGCUAUAGGCGAUUUGGGCACAAUGAAAUUGAUGAACCUUUCUUUACUCAACCAAAAAUGUACAAGGUCAUUCGAAAUCAUCCAUCAGCAUUAGAGAUCUACCAAAAGAAACUUCUUGAGACUGGUAAUGUGGGAAAGGAGGAAAUUGAAAAGAUACAUAAUAAAAUCAAUACAAUCCUCAAUGAGGAGUUUGUUGCUAGCAAAGACUAUGUUACACAGAAGAGAGACUGGCUUUCUGCGUUUUGGUCUGGAUUCAAGUCCCCUGAACAGCUUUCACGUAUUCGAAAUACAGGCGUAAAACCCGAGAUCCUGAAAAAUGUUGGAAAAGCGAUCACCACCCUUCCAGAAAAUUUUAAGCCACAUAGAGCAGUAAAAAGGAUUUUUGAUGACCGCAAGAAGAUGAUUGAAACCGGAGAAGGUGUUGAUUGGGCACUAGGGGAAGCACUUGCUUUUGCUACACUGCUUGUGGAAGGAAACCAUGUAAGGUUGAGUGGUCAGGAUGUUGAAAGAGGCACUUUUAGUCACAGACAUUCUGUUCUCCAUGAUCAAGAGACAGGUGAGAAGUAUUGUCCUUUGGAUCAUGUCAUGAUGAACCAGAAUGAAGAGAUGUUCACCGUAAGCAACAGCUCUCUUUCAGAAUUUGGUGUCCUGGGAUUUGAAUUGGGGUAUUCAAUGGAAAAUCCAAAUUCGUUGGUGCUAUGGGAAGCCCAAUUUGGUGAUUUUUCCAAUGGAGCUCAAGUGAUUUUUGACCAGUUUUUGAGCAGUGGAGAGGCAAAGUGGCUGCGUCAGACAGGAUUAGUUGUGCUUUUACCACAUGGUUAUGAUGGCCAAGGCCCUGAGCAUUCCAGUGCACGUUUGGAACGCUUUCUUCAGAUGAGUGAUGAUAAUCCGUACGUUAUCCCUGAGAUGGACUCGACCCUACGGACACAGAUUCAAGAAUGCAAUUGGCAGGUGGUGAAUGUUACUACUCCUGCCAACUAUUUCCAUGUGCUGAGACGCCAAAUUCAUAGGGACUUCCGUAAACCUCUCAUCGUGAUGUCUCCAAAGAACUUGCUUCGUCACAAAGACUGCAAAUCAAACCUAUCCGAGUUUGAUGAUGAACAAGGGCAUCCUGGUUUUGACAAACAAGGCACCAGAUUUAAGCGCCUUAUCAAGGAUCAGAAUGACCAUUCUGAUCUGGAGGAGGGCAUUCGGCGUUUGAUCCUUUGCUCGGGAAAGGUGUAUUACGAGCUUGACGAGGAGAGAAAGAAGGUUGGAGGAAAAGAUGUUGCUAUUUGUAGGGUUGAGCAGCUUUGUCCUUUCCCAUAUAACCUCAUCCAGCGUGAAUUGAAGCGAUAUCCAAAGGCAGAGAUCGUGUGGUGCCAGGAAGAGCCUAUGAACAUGGGGGCAUAUAAUUACAUCGCGCCACGCCUUUGUACUGCAAUGAAAAGCCUUGGGAGAGGCAAUAUGGAUGACAUCAAAUAUGUGGGUCGCGCUCCCUCGGCCGCCACUGCCACCGGUUUCUAUCAGGUUCAUGUUAAAGAGCAGUCGGAGAUCGUGCAGAAAGCCUUGCAGCCUGAUCCUAUCAACCGUCCCUUAUAAGGGACGCCGAUGAUUCAUCCCAUGUGCGUGAUUCAUAAACUUGGUAUUCUUCUUGCUUUCAAAAAAGAAUUUUUUUUCUCCGGGAAACCUGACCAAUUUUUUCUCUUGAUUCUUCCAUGUCAUAAGCAAUGUUCUUUUUUUUUUUCAAAAAAAAAUAUAUGCCAAUAUCCCAAUUUUCGCACAUUUUGUGCUUUCAGUUCUAGGUUUGUAUUUCUCAUCAGUAAUUCAAAGUUUUAUAAAUAUAGAGGUUAAUGGUCUCUGCUUCACCGGCAUCACUGUGAAGUGGGACCAUUAAGCUUUUACACGAGCAAAUUUGUUGAAGAGAAAUAUGAAAUUUCGGAUGGUUAGUAUGAAAUGUGGGAACUUUUUGGCAUGAUUUUGUUUUUAAUACAUCUUUGAGUAUACUUAAUAAUGCACAUUGAAUAAAGGUGUAAUGAGCUUCUUCCCCAAACGGUGAUACACGUGACAGGUCUUUCUUCAUAUCAGAUUUAUUUUAAGAUUUAUUUUAUCUGUUCUCUGUUGUGCUCAAUCGAAAAAGUUACAGAUAGCCAUAUAG